UGAUAAGUGCAUUAGUGGCCACAGUCCGGUUGUGAUUGUUGAAGGUGACCUGUCGGAGUGAGUUUUAAGUGCGGAGUUUGGAAAAGUGCUGGACGUGUAAUUUUGGGUACAAUGUGUGAAAAAGGUUCCGAGUGCUACAAGCGCUACAAGGAGUGGGAGAACAAUGAGGAAAUUAAGAUUUUCCGCGAGUACCUGCGCAUUCCUACGGUGCAUCCGGACGUCAACUAUGACAAAUGCGUCGAAUUUCUAACCCGCCAGGCGGAGAGCCUCCAGCUGCCGGUGCAGGUGAUCGAGGUCAAUCCGGGCAAACCGAUCGUGAUCAUCAGCUGGGAGGGAACGGACCCGACGGCGAAGUCCAUCAUCCUCAACUCGCACACCGACGUGGUGCCGGUGUACGCGGAACGUUGGUCCCAUCCGCCGUUCGCGGCCGACAUGGACAACGAGGGACGGAUUUACGCGCGCGGCGCUCAGGAUAUGAAGUGCGUUGGGAUGCAGUUUUUGGCGGCUAUCCGAGCACUGAAGCGAGAUGGGGUGCGCCUGCGGCGCACAAUCCAUGCCACCUUUGUGCCGGAUGAGGAGAUUGGUGGUAAGCUCGGUAUGAAGGAAUGGGUUCACAAGGAUAGCUUUCAGGCGUUGAACUGUGGGUUUGCGAUUGACGAGGGUAUCGCCGGGCCCGGCGAGGAGUAUCCGUUGUUCUACGGGGAACGCAGCGUUUGGCAUGUGCUUUUCCACAUUAGUGGAACACCAGGGCAUGGUUCACUGCUCUUGAAGGAUACUGCUGGACAGAAAGCUCGUUACAUAAUCGAUAAACUGAUGGAUAUGCGCGAGAGGGAAGUUAAAAAAUUGGAGGAAAAUCCGGAUCUCACCAUCGGAGAUGUGACGACCAUUAACAUCACCAUGAUGUCGGGAGGAGUGCAAAGCAACGUGGUUCCACCCGAGCUGAUGGUAUGUUUUGACGUUCGCGUAGCGAUCGAUGUGAAGCAUUUGGAACUGGAAAACCAAUUGCUGGAUUGGUGUCGAGAAGCUGGUGGUGGUAUCGAGCUUGAGUACGACCAGAAGUGCCCCUUCGUGAAGCCAACCAAAUUGGAUGGUUCCAAUCCCUACUGGGUGGCAUUUCAGGACGCACUGGACGAACUGGGUUUGAAAGUAAAACCGCAAAUCUUCCCAGGUGGAACCGACAGCCGAUACAUUCGCGGAAUUGGUAUUCCUGCUAUCGGAUUUUCUCCGAUGAACCAUACACCGGUGCUUUUGCACGAUCACGACGAAUUUUUGCACGUGGAUACCUACCUUAAAGGUAUAGAAAUUUACCGGAAAAUAAUCACCAACGUUGCCAAUGCAUAGUUCUAGUUCUAGUACGACUCACAAAUUAUAUUAUG